AUGGAUCAAGUGAUCAUCCAAGAUGUCCACAUGAAUGGAAGCACUUCUGGAACAAGUUAUUCUGCUAAUUCAUCCGUUCAGAAGAGAGCUAUAUUCAUAACCAGGCCAAUAGUAGAGGAAGCGAUAUUGAACUUACUAUCGAAGUUGUACAUCUUUGCAGCGACGUCUAAGCUGAGGAAGCCUAAUACUAUAGGCAUAGCAGAGUUAGGUUGUUCAUCGGGACCUAAUGCACUGUUAGCCGUCUCUCAUAUUCUGGAAACUAUCUACAACAAACAUUAUAGAUCUGGUAGUGUUACGCCUGAGAUUCUCGUGUUCCUUAAUGAUCUUCCAGGCAAUGACUUUAACACUCUUUUUAAGGAUGUGGGAAGAUUCUGUGGUGAAUUAAGAAGAAGCAACGGAGAUGGUUUUGGACCAUGUUUUGUUGCUGGAAUUCCUGGUACAUUCUAUGGUCGACUGUUUCCUAGUGACACUCUUCACAUCGUUCAUUCUUCCUAUAGCCUUCAAUGGUUAUCGCAGGUACCUCAAGGGAUAGAGAAGACGAACAAAGGAAACUUCUACAUCACAAAAUCAAGUCCUCCUUCUGUAAUUACAGCCUACUUAAACCAAUUCAAGAAAGAUUUUAGGGCGUUUCUAGAGUGUCGCUCGGAGGAAUUAGUUAACGGAGGAAGAAUGGUUUUAACACUCGUGGGUAGAAGCAGUUCAGAUCCUACUAGCCAAGACUGUUGUUCUUUCUGGGAUUUAUUAGCUCUGUCAGCCCAUGACAUGGUUUUACGGGGAGCCAUUGAAAAAGAGAAAUUCGACUUAUUUAACAUUCCUAAUUAUUUUCCUUCAACUAAAGAAGUAAAGUCAAUAAUUCUGAGCGAAGGUUCAUUCACAAUUAAUCAACUAGAGACAUUUCACGUGAAUUGGGAUGGUAGUGAUCCUAAGGGAAAUGCAAAUUCAGAGAGAGUAAACAACUUAGAAAGUAGCCAUUACGCAGCUAACACCCUUAGAGCAGUGUCAGAACCCUUAUUAGCGAAUCACUUUGGGGAGGAGAUAAUGGAUGAAUUGUAUGGUAGGUUCAGGGAGAGAGUUGCCGAAUACGCAAGCAAGGGGAAAACUAAGUUCACCAACUUAGUUAUCUCCGUGACUAAGAUGGAAAAAGAUCUAUAACAUAUAGUCUCUAUGCCUUGUGUCUUUUC